UUUGGAGAAGCUACUUCCUCUGGUGUAGCUUUCCAGAAGACUUCUGCCCACUGAGAGUGAAGUCUCUUACUGGAGAGUUCUGCAGUCUAUUUGAAUUCUGCAGAUUCCUGUUAUCUGCCGGAAAGAAUCCUCUGCUUGUGGAGUUGUUCAAACUCCAGGAUGUCCUCCUACAGAUGUCAGGAGAAGAGAGUACUGGAAAGUCACGACUGUGUCCUGAUUUACAAACCUGAGACGGCAGGAGAUGAAAACCCCACUCCUGACAGCAGCCUGCUCAGACUCACAACCAGCAUGCUGAAGGUGAGGAGGCUUGAGGAGAUCAGCUCCUGCCACAGCAGCAACCCCCUGGAGAAAGUGGCCUUUUUCCAGUGCAUGGAGGAGGUGGAGAAGGUGAAGUGUUUUCUGGAAGAGAAUGCUAGUGAGCUGGAUCUGCAAGCUGGAGACUAUGAGGCUGAGGAAAACGUGUGGUCCAACCCUGCAUCGAAUGAAAGGACGAUUGUCCCAGGUGGCAAGACAUCAGCCUUCACAGAGAGAUCUGACCAGAAAGACCAGUUCUCCUCUGAGAAAGAAAAGGUUACCAAACUCAACAGGAAAAAUGCGGAGAAGACCAACACCUCUGAAGUUCAGGGGAGUUGUGCUGUUUGCCAUAGAGAAGGACAAGACAAGGCAGAUUUUGUUCCGAGCAUUUCCACAGAGCUAAGAGAGGAUGCAGGUGGAAAAGAUGGUCCAUGCAUAGAAAGUCUGGAGACACAAGAGAGCAACAUCCUGGGAGAUAAACAGGACACUGAGGAUAAAAACAGAUGCCUGUUUUACAAAGGAGGGAAAAAUGGGCUUCCUUCUAAGGAAGACGCCAGGGGAACAGAAGCUGAGCACAGAGUUUCAACAGCUGGAAGUGGAACAGUGCUGGACAAACAUUCCACUGAAAAUCAGCACAUUGAUGAAACGAAUGGCGGCCCAUCCCAUGAAAGAUGCAUCAGUAAUAUCAAGGCCAUUUCCACACCAGGAAUCCUGGGAAAUUCAGCAUCAGGAUCCCCUUUCCAGAAUGCCGAACAGACAGAGUCUGCUGGCAGCAGUAAGCGCAGAGUGGCAGAGGAGUGCUUCCUAAGUGAGGACAACAAAAAGAGCAGGAUAGAUGGAGUGAGUAUGGAGGAAACCAGACCAGCCAGGAGCCUGGAUGACAGACCCCAGGAUGGGAUGACGGCCUCUAGAGAGAAAGACCUGGCCAUUCUACUAGAUGAUGCCCCUGCUCCUGCAGCCCCAUUUGAUCACCGGAUUGUAAUGGCCAAACAUGCUGCAGUCGACAGUUUGUACACCGUGAGCAAAUCUGAGAUCCUAGGAGGGGGGCGUUUUGGUCAGGUUCACAAAUGUGAAGAGAAAGCAACAGGCCUGAAGCUGGCUGCUAAAAUCAUUAAGAUCAGAGGUGCAAAGGAUAAGGAGGAUGUGAAGAACGAGAUUAGCGUCAUGAACCAGCUGGACCAUGUGAACCUUAUUCAGCUCUAUGAUGCCUUUGAGUCCAAGCAUGACAUCAUUCUAGUCAUGGAGUAUGUGGAAGGUGGGGAGCUGUUUGAUCGCAUCAUUGAUGAAAACUGCAGCUUAACAGAGCUGGACACCAUCCUGUUCAUGAAGCAGAUCUGUGAGGGGAUAAGGUACAUGCACCAGAUGUAUAUCCUCCACUUGGAUCUCAAGCCUGAGAACAUCCUGUGUGUGAAUCGGGAUGCUAAGCAAAUAAAAAUUAUUGAUUUUGGAUUGGCCAGAAGAUACAAACCCAGAGAGAAGCUGAAGGUGAACUUUGGAACCCCAGAAUUUCUUGCCCCUGAAGUUGUGAACUAUGAUUUUGUUUCCUUUCCCACGGAUAUGUGGAGUGUGGGUGUCAUCACAUACAUGCUACUCAGUGGCUUGUCCCCUUUUUUGGGUGAUAAUGAUGCAGAGACUCUGACCAAUAUCCUGGCAUGCAGGUGGGAUUUAGAAGAUGAAGAAUUUCAGGACAUCUCAGAGGAGGCCAAGGAGUUCAUCUCUAAGCUCCUAAUUAAAGAGAAGAGUUGGAGAAUAAGUGCCAGCGAAGCUCUCAAGCACCCGUGGCUGUCAGACCACAAGCUCCACGCCAGACUGAGUGCACAGAAGAACUGUAACUCUGGUGCUCAGAACCUCACGACCAAGUAACUCCCGGAAGGAGUCUACUAAAAAGGAAAACUGCUGCGGUUGCUUCUGCUUUGAGAAGGCUUCUGGAAAUAUCAGCAGUUCUGGUGCCUUGACCCCUGUGAUGACUGGCAGCUGUAGCACUUGCGGCUGGCCUUGAACUUGAACUCAGAGAGAGGCUUUGCUGUGCUUAGUGGGUGACCCAGAGCAGCCCCCUAGGGGCUCAGGCAGAUGCCUACAUCCCACUUAGUGCACAGAGAGGGAGAUGACGCUCUGUCUUCUUGGCUUCUUGUGUUCUGAUGUCUGCUUUAGUUUUGGAUGUUAGUGGAGCAGUGGGUAUACAAUGCUGUUUCUCAGACUACCAAAGCAGUGCUUGAGAUGUAUAACUAUGGGGGAUGCAUUUGGAGAGAGAAAAUGGCUUCCGGUCAUUGCACUGUGUUUCUCAAGAGGACAAUUAUAUGACCAGAAAAAUUCUAAAAUUUGGACACUUUGAUUUGUAUUUCUAUGUGGUCUGAAAUGGGAUGAAUCCGAUGGAUAAUUAGCUUGCUGGAACAAAAGGCUUCUAAGGCAAGAGACUACACACAUGGCACCUUCCAUGCAUUCUUAACGUUCUCCCGAGUGCAGCAGUUUCUACCUAGUAGCUGACUCCAUGUUCAUAACACACUUUUCACAGAGUGCCCGUUGCUUUGGUUGAACAGGCAAGUCCAUCCCCAUUAAACAUGGUGGCUUGGGAGGUGAAGCAAGGGUGUCUAUUUGUGGUUAGUCCUUAAAAUGACAGCCUUCAAAGGAUAGUCACAAGAGCUUCCCUCAAGCCACUAGGAAAUGGAUCUGUGCAUCCUGAGGAAGGACAAUGCUCGUAUUCCAGUGCUGCUAAGUAAACGAACAUCUAGAAGACCAGUAAUCAUAGUUAUGCAAAUUCGCACUGCAAAUUCUCACAAGAGUCAACAGCUGUAAGGUGAUAAGACAAAACUGGUUUCUGGUUGUAAGCUUUUCUUUUUGUUUUGUUUUUGAGACAGGGUUUCAUUAUGUAGCCUUGGCUGGGAUGCAACUUGCUAUGUAGAUCAGGCUGGCUUCAAACUCAUAGGUAUCCACGUGCAUCUGCUCCAGAGUUGUGGGAUUAAGGCACAUACCGUCAUGCCUGGCAUUGGAUGCAAACUUCUUAUUUCCUAGCUCAUGGGCUGUGAGAUAUUUAAAAAGGAACAUGAGCAUUACAGUAGGUGGCAUUUAGGGGACAGAAACCUUUGGGGCUAUAGAAAGCAAAAGGAGCAACAUUUUGGUAUGAAGAUAACACUUUGCAAAGCUCCCUGAAAUUGCACUGUGCAUCCAGCCUCUCAUUUCCAAACAGCUGAUGUGUUUAGCUCAGCAAAAUAAUGCCCCUAUUUUUAGCUGUAAUUUGAUACCACAAAUUACAGAGGUCAGAAUAACCUAGUGGCUAAUCAUCAAACCCUUACACUGUAAGCAUGCCUACCAGUAACUAAUGCCUCCUUACAGUAUUUUUAUUCCCAACUCUGAAGUAAAGGGGAAGUAGGUGCAUUUAGUGAAGGUUAGUACCCAUUGUGGUGUUGGGAUAGUUGUAAAAAUCUUCUUCCUCCAGACAGUGUCCUCAUUCUGCAACACGUGUCUUUCCUCCUUUGGCCCAUUCAUUCAUCCAAGGUUGGUUUCUCAUAUUCCUAUUAAGCUUAAAAUCUUUCUUUCUUUCUUUCUUUCUUUCUUUCUUUCUUUCUUUCUUUCUUUCUUUCUUUCUCUCUCUCUCUUUCUUUCUUCUUCCUUCCUUCCUUUCUUCUUUUUUUAAAGAAAAUGUACACACACACACACACACAGGAGCAAGGAUGGGUGGAGGGAGCUCUGAUUUCAAUAUUCUAUUACUGUGCUAUGCUUAGCUGAUGCUGUUCACUGAGUGUGGAAAAAAAUACAAGCCAGUGCAUGCAUUAAUCCUCCUUGACCACAGCAGGCUGGCAUUCACUCAAAUGCUAAAUGGGACAUGAGGGUCUGGUUGGAAACCCUGCAUGGAAGGGCAUUUUCAGUUCUAGGCAUGAACUCUCCCCCCAGUCUGGGGCAGACAUUUUCUGUAAGACAUCAGCUUGGCAGACACUUGGGCACACCACACGUGGAAGUGACAACUUAGGUCACAAUACAGGCAUGGUUUCUGGGCCACCUGAACCUACAUGAUGAUCCCACAAUUAGUGAGCAUGCUUUUUUUAGUUUUUGUUUUUCAAGGUUUAGAAAGCAGACAUCUGAGAGUGGCUC